AUAAUCAUACGAUAGGUUUUAAGAACAACUGAAUUCACACUCUAUAUAGGAAAAUCUAAGUAAUCACACAAAGAUACUCACUCCUUUGACAAAACAAGACUAAUAAUCAAACCCAAAAACAACAACAAAUCUUGAAUCUUACAACUUGAAUUUUCUCACUCCUCAAAACUAGAAAAAUUAAAAAAGAGAAAAAUUUCCACCAGAUCUUUUUCUCUCUCCUCCAAACUCCUCCUCCAUGCCCAUCUCCUCCUACCUCGGAAACCGCAGCAGAGGCAGCGGCGGUGGUGGGUGGGCCCGCUCAUUUCUUCCCACAACCGCCACCACCACUACACCCACCAAAUCGAAACUCCACCGUAAACCACGCCGGCGGACCCAACUACGCGACUUCAUAUGGGCCCACUUUUUCACCAUCGGCUUAUCCCUCUCUCUCCUUCUCUUCACGGCGGCGUUUUUCCGGUUUGGGCCAUUUUCUCUCUCCUCACAUCGAUUCUCACGGCGGUAUUCCUCAACCAGACCCAGAAAGGCUAACCUCAGAAAACUCCCCUCUGCUUCCUCUCACAACGACGUCGUAUCAUCUGGUGCUGCUGUUGAUAUUACUACGAAAGAUCUGUAUGAUAAGAUUGAGUUUUCCGAUGUAGAUGGUGGGCCCUGGAAGCAAGGAUGGAUGGUGACUUAUAAAGAGAAUGAAUGGGAUAAUGAGAAGUUGAAGAUCAUUGUUGUUCCUCAUUCUCAUAAUGAUCCUGGUUGGAAGUUUACUGUUGAUGAGUAUUAUGAUCGCCAGUCUCGUCAUAUUCUUGACACCAUUGUUGAAUCUCUCUCUAAGGAUUCACGGCGCAAAUUCAUAUGGGAGGAGAUGUCAUACUUGGAGAGGUGGUGGAGGGAUUCUUCGGAAAGUAAAAGGGAAGCUUUUACAAAUUUAGUGAAGAAUGGGCAGCUAGAAAUUGUCGGAGGUGGUUGGGUAAUGAAUGAUGAGGCUAAUUCACAUUAUUAUGCUAUCAUUGAGCAGAUGACCGAGGGUAAUAUGUGGCUAAAUGAAACCAUCGGAGUGGUUCCUAGAAAUGCUUGGGCAAUUGAUCCAUUUGGAUACUCUCCUACAAUGGCAUAUCUUCUCCGGCGCAUGGGUUUUGAGAACAUGCUGAUACAAAGGACUCACUAUGAGCUCAAAAAGGAACUUGCCUUGCAUAAAAAUUUGGAAUUCGUAUGGCGUCAGAGCUGGGAUGCUAUGGAAACUACAGAUAUAUUUGUGCAUUUGAUGCCUUUCUAUUCAUAUGAUGUUCCCCAUACGUGCGGGCCUGAACCAGCUGUUUGUUGUCAAUUUGAUUUUGCUCGUAUGCGUGGUUUCAUUUAUGAACUCUGCCCUUGGGGUCAUCAUCCUGUGGAGACCAAUCAGGAAAAUGUGCAGGAGAAGGUGGGAAAGCUGUUGGAUCAGUACAGAAAGAAGUCAACCUUGUAUAGAACAAACACACUUUUGAUUCCCCUAGGAGAUGACUUCCGUUACGUCAGCAUAGAUGAAGCAGAGGCACAAUUUAGAAAUUACCAGAUGUUAUUUGAUUAUAUUAAUUCUAAUCCCAGCUUGAAUGCAGAGGCUAAAUUUGGCACUUUAGAUGAUUACUUUCAAACCCUUCGUGAGGAGGCUGAGAGAGUGAACUAUUCACUUCCUGGCGAGAUCGGAUCUGGUGAGAUUGAAGGUUUUCCAUCUUUAUCUGGCGAUUUCUUUACUUAUUCUGAUAGGCAGCAAGAUUACUGGAGUGGCUAUUAUGUUUCAAGGCCAUUCUUCAAGGCUGUUGAUCGUGUGUUAGAGCAUACACUGCGUGCCUCAGAAAUGUUGAUGGCACUAUUACUGGGACGUUGUCACAGAGCUCAGUGUGAAAAGUUGCCGACUAGUUACGCACACAAAUUGACAGCUGCAAGGAGGAAUCUAGCCCUCUUUCAGCAUCAUGAUGGGGUAACUGGUACAGCCAAGAAUCAUGUGGUUAAGGACUAUGGAACUCGAAUGCAUACCUCUUUGCAGGAUUUGCAAAUUUUUAUGUCUAAAGCUAUUGAAGUAUUGCUAGGCAUUCGGUUUGAGAAAAAUGAGCAAAAUCCUUCUCAAUUUGAGCCAGAACAGGUGAGAUCCAAGUAUGAUGCCCAGGCAGUUCAUAAGGGUAUUAAUGUUCAAGAAGGAGCUGCAAGAUCUGUGGUCCUCUUUAAUCCGCUGGAGCAAACCAGAAACGAGGUUGUGAUGGUAAUUGUUGACAGACCAGAUGUAAGUGUCUUGGACUCCAACUGGACUUGUGUUGAGAGCCAGAUUUCUCCUGAAAUGCAACAUGUUAAGGGCCAAAUAUUUACGGGGAGGCAUCGACUCCACUGGAAAGCUUCUAUUCCUGCUAUGGGGCUUCAAAUGUAUUAUCUUGUCCAUGGAGCAGGGCAGUGUGAGAAAGCAAAACUGGCUGACUUGAAAAUGUCAAAUUCUGAACAUUUACCUUGUCCUGCACCAUAUGCUUGCUCGAAAAUCGAGGGAGAUGUGGUGAUAAUUCAGAACCGCCAUCGAACUCUUACUUUUAAUGCAAAUCUUGGGUUAUUGAUUAAAGUUGCUAAUAGUGAUGGUUCCUUAAAUAAUGUGGGCGAGGAGAUAAGUAUGUACAGUAGCCAAGGAAGUGGCGCAUACCUGUUUAAACCCGUGGGUGAUGCAGAAUCUUUCAUUGAAGCUGGUGGGCAGUUGGUGGUUACCACAGGUCCCUUGAUGCAGGAGGUGUAUUCUUAUCCAAAGACUGAAUGGGAUGAAGCACCAAUCUCUCACAGUACUCGAAUUUAUAAUGGGGAAAAUACUAUCCAGGAGUUUGUGAUUGAGAAGGAAUAUCGUGUUGAAUUUUUAGGGGAUCAGUUUAAUGACAAGGAGCUGAUUGUCAGGUAUAAGACUGAUAUUGAGAAUAGGAGGAUUUUCUUUUCUGAUUUAAAUGGUUUUCAAAUGAGCCGGAGAGAGUAUUAUGAUAAGAUACCUGUGCAGGGAAAUUAUUACCCAAUGCCUUCUCUUGCAUUUAUGCAAGGAGUUGAUGGUCGGCGUUUAUCAGUUCACUCACGUCAAUCCCUGGGUGUGGCAAGCCUUAAAAAUGGAUGGCUGGAGAUAAUGCUUGAUCGUCGUCUGCUGAAUGAUGAUGGUCGUGGUCUUGGGCAAGGGGUGACUGACAACCGUCCCAUGACUGUUGUAUUUCACAUCCUUCCCGAGUCCAAUAUUUCUUCUGUUAUAGACCACACUUCAAAAUCCCUUCCUUUAAACCCUUCUUUGUUAUCUCAUAGUAUUGGGGCUCACUUAAAUUACCCUGUACAUGCGUUCAUUGCUAAGAAAGCACAAGAACUUGCCCCACAACCACCACCACCACGAUAUUUCUCCCCUCUAACUUCAUCUUUACCAUGUGACUUGCAUAUUGUGGAUUUCAAAGUUCCCCGGCCUUCAAAGUAUUCGUUCUUGGAACGUCCUGUAGAAGAUCCGAGGUUUGUUCUACUGUUUCAAAGGAGGGGUUGGGAUUCGUCAUAUUGCCGGACUGCGAGAUCUCAGUGCACAAAGUUAGCAGAUGAACCUGUAAAUCUUUUCAGUUUGUUCAAAGACCUGGAUGUUAUGCAUGUCAAAGCAGUAUCUUUGAAUCUCUUACAUGAGGAUACAGAGAUGCUUGGUUAUACUGAGCUGACUGGAGAUGUUGUGCAGGAGGGGAAUGUUGUCAUCCCUCCCAUGGAAAUACAGGCAUACAGGCUUGAAGUGCGACCUCACCAAUGAAACAAGACUAACUCAACUUGUUGGUUUUAUCAUCUUAAUCUUGCAGUUUUGACACAGAAAUGAUUUCACUAUCUUGAGGUAAAUGUACCAUACAUAAGUUAGUGUCUGAGAGAAGAGGGUGUACUGAAAUGCUUAUUGCGGCAUGGAAAUACUGUCUGUCGUUAUUGUACGUACACAACCACUAACCCACUAAGGACAUGAUGUGCUGAUGCUGCUGGUUGAUCCUGCUCCCAGAUGAACGAACGAUGCUUGGUUGAAGUGAGAGAUGGGGAGCUAUUUGCAGAUGUUUCGGAUGAUUGUGGUUUUGCAUUUUUCAGGUUCUUGUGGUAGGAAGCCUGCUUCGUGAAUGAACCAUUUACAUACUUGUGUUGAUAUAACCAAAAGUCUGUAAUUUAGAGAUUAUAGUUUAGGUGGUAGAAACAAUGUAGCGUUUUUGAUGUGACUGAUCACGCAAGGGAAAUAUCAUGUGUAUUUUUUGUUUGUACUGACAGAAACAUGUUUGUAGCACUCGAAUAUUCCAUUCACUGCCUGCAUAGUGAUUUUAUAGCAAAGGGAGUUUAGUAUUUUCAGA